AAAAAGAGUGACGUGUGAGUCGACAGGCGGAAGUGAUGCUGGCGGAUGUAUAUGUCGUUAUGAGGGAGUUGUACGAGCUUCCUUUUCUUCCGUGGCCGCCAUUGAGUUAGGAGCGUGGUUCCUGGCGAGCCGUGAAUUCUUUUAAAUAUGGCUUGUGCCCGACCGCUGAUCUCCAUCUACUCCGAUAAGGGGGAGCCUUCAGGCAAGAACGUGAUGAUGCCUGCUGUGUUCACUGCUCCCAUCCGCCCAGAUGUGGUCAACUUUGUGCACACCAACAUGCGCAAAAACAACCGCCAGCCCUACGCUGUCAGUGAACUUGCUGGUCACCAAACCAGUGCUGAGUCCUGGGGUACCGGCAGAGCUGUGGCACGUAUCCCAAGGGUCCGUGGUGGUGGCACCCACCGCUCUGGCCAGGGAGCCUUUGGAAACAUGUGUCGUGGUGGACGUAUGUUUGCCCCCACAAAGACCUGGCGCCGUUGGCACCGCAGGAUCAACGUCACCCAGAAGCGUUAUGCUAUCUGCUCUGCUCUGGCUGGUUCUGCCCUCCCUGCUCUUGUCAUGGCUAAAGGUCACCGCAUUGAGGAGAUUCCUGAGGUGCCACUUGUUGUUGAUGACAAAGUUGAGGGAUAUAAGAAGACCAAGGAGGCUGUGCUUCUGUUGAAGAAACUUAAGGCCUGGAAUGACAUUAAGAAGGUUUACGCCUCUCAGCGCAUGCGUGCUGGCAAGGGUAAAAUGAGAAAUCGCAGACGUAUCCAGCGCAAAGGGCCAUGCAUCAUCUACAACGCGGACAACGGUGUCACAAAAGCUUUCAGAAACAUCCCAGGUAUUACACUACAGCGUGUGACUAAACUGAAUCUCUUGAAACUCGCUCCUGGUGGUCACAUUGGUCGUUUCUGCAUCUGGACUGAGGCUGCCUUCCGCAAGCUUGAUGACCUUUAUGGUACUUGGCGUAAACCUUCCUCCCUCAAGGUGGACUACAGCUUGCCAAUGCACAAAAUGACCAACACAGAUCUGAAAAGACUCCUGCAGAGUGAGGAAAUCCAGAGAGCACUUCGUGCCCCCAACAAAAAGGUUCAGCGUAGAGUUCUCAAGAAGAACCCACUGAAGAAUCUCAGAAUAAUGAUGAAGCUGAAUCCUUAUGCCAAGACAGCACGCCGUCAUGCCAUCCUGAAGCACAAGCCUGAGAUUAAGGCUAAAUUGCUGAAGCCCAAGGUAAAGAGGGUGAGGAAGAAGGUCAAGAAGGUCAAGAAUCCAACUGCACCUGCUCCCAAAACAGAGUAAAGCUGUGCGUGUUUGCUGCAACUCAUGAGUUGUUCCAACAAUAAAUAAUGUCCUGAAAAGCAA